AGGCAAUAUUCAUCUUCGAUCAAAUAUCAGAUACACUUGCCUUAAACUAUAACAAUAAUCAAUAUGUUUUACCCAUUUAACUUGUUUAGCUUUAGCUGUUAGAUCAAGCAACCAAACAAAGAACAAAAAGAAGAAUUCACAAGCUUCAUCAAUGGAUUACACUGUCGAUAUGAGCUGUGUGAUGAAAGUGAACAGAGGUUGCCAGCUUUGUCGGCAAAAAGUGUCAGAAGUCAUGCAUUGUGUCUACGGAGUUUACUCUGUGGAUUUCACCGGAGACGACAACUCAAUGAAACUCAAGGCCAGAGUUAACCCUAAUGUAUUGUUGGCUGUUGCUGAACGGUACGGUGAACAUGGAAAGAUCACUAAUCUCCGUUUCGACGGAGAAGUUAUGACUCCUCGCGGCGGCGGUGGUUAUUACGGUCAAUCAGGCUAUUACAUUCCUACCACCUCCCGUGGUAACUAUGCAUAUCCUUCGUUGUAUCAAUAUCCUCCUCCGCCACAUGUUUAUGGCGGAAACUAUGCUCAUCCGCCGUCAAAUCCCCCGCGGCACUCGGAGGCACCACGGCAGGCAACUAACCCGCAUACAACACCGCCGUAUUAUAGUCUACCGGCGCCACCACCAAGAACGUUGCAUAGUUACUCUUACGUAGAACCGCAGUAUCGGAUGUCGAGUUCGUCGGGUAGUGGAUGCGUGAUCAUGUAA